AUGAGCAUGAUCAAAUGCGGUUGUCAGCUUGUCUACCUCUCUAAGGCUGUCAAGAAGCGCCAAGGGACGGCGGCCGCCUCGGCCGGCCGCUCCCUCCCAAAAGAGGCUUUUCUCACCUACAUUUUAAGGUACACGACAUCUCCACUGCCCUCAUCUACCAAAGUCUGGACCUCAUUGGAUCCUUUCCGAAGUGCGCAUGGUCGCGCACCGCCUGUAGCUUUACAUAGGUAUGAAGAAAGAGGCGUUUGUAUCAAGAAUCCCAUUGUUCUCGUAUUCGCUCAUGCUGGGAAGAUGGAGAUUGCUCGGGACUGGACGUCUUGGUGCUUGGUUGAAUCGUUGCAUCGGCCCAAUGACAGCACCCGUCUCGAUACUUUGCAGGCAAAGACGGGGUCGGGUACGGAUACCUUUAGUGAUCAGUCGUCCAUCGGGUACAGGGUGGUCCCACAAGUCUGGGAACCCGGCGGCCGCCCGCCGCCACGUUGCGGCGGGUUGAAUUCCGCACACGGGCAUCCAAUCUGGUGCCACUGUCAUCUGUCAUCGAUCCGAGUUAGCCAUGACCACUGGACCACCCGAACACAAUGUCUUUUGAAAACAUCCAGUGGAACACAUCAGCCGCAUGAUCUCUUUUUGUCUCUGAGUCUGGGGAAGGGGGCUGAGCUGAUGGGACGACAGAAAAAGACAAGGGAAACGUCCGAGCCGAGCUGCCUGCCUGCCUGCCUUGGUUUUAGUGGCAGCACAGAAACUUGUCCACCGACUCCCCUUGUUCUAUGCACACAGGCGGCGGCCGCCCAUGCUUCUUCCCCCCAUGCCAUCCCAAUCCAUCCCGUGGCCCCCGGCGACUUUUGUACGCAUACAGAAGUACGAACACCUCAGUUCAGCCAAAAAAGGUGUAAGUGCCCCUUCUUGUUUCUCCCCACGGACACUAGACUUUCCUCACCUCCAAUCCUGCUCUUCACCGGAAUCCUUGCCCUGCUCCCCUUACCCAGAGCCCUGUCUUUUACCGGCUCCAACCCUUUCCGGCAGGGAACCCAGCUCAAGGGGGCACACAUACCUAGUGCACACUACACAUCGGGCUUCACCGUGCCAUCACCGCCCACCACGCACAGCUACGCCUCGCGGAGCCAAUCUCAUCCGGCCGCCCUCUGCGCCUCCGUCCUCCGUCUCCGUGCCAAGCUGGCACUGCCUCCGAACCACAACGCAUCGCUUCCACUUCCACCGCAUAACCUGGCAAGGCCCCAUUUCAAUACCCUUCCGGGCUUCCAUCUACCGUUUUACCGCAAACUUGACUUUUCAAUUCUCGAUUUUCAGACCCGAAUUCUUGGGACUACACUACCAACCUAA